AUGGCUACUCAGCUUCGGACUCAUGAUGACUACACCGUGGGCUGGGUCUGCGCGCUGCCUAAGGAGUUAACGGCCGCGGCGGCAAUGCUUGAUGAAAUACACGAAGAACUUCCUAAGCACCCUAAUGACCACAAUGCCUAUACCCUCGGUCAUGUUGGCGUGCAUAACAUUGUAAUAGCAUGUUUGCCAAAAGGCGAAAUCGGCAGCAACAAUGCAGCAACAGUCGCGACUUGGAUGACGUCUACUUUCCCAUCAAUUAAAUUUGGGUUGAUGGUUGGUAUCGGCGGAGGAGUCCCUAAAUCUGUCAGGCUUGGCGAUGUUGUGGUCAGCACGCCCACUGAUGAGUUUAGCGGAGUUGUGCAGUGGGAUUUUGGGAAAUCUCAACAAGAGGGCUUCAAACGAACCGGAGCAUUGAACCGCCCCCCUACCGAGCUACUUACUGCAUUGACCAAAUUAGAGAGGGAGCAUGAGAUGAAAGGUUCUAAGAUACCACAUUACCUCGACGAAUUGAAGGACAACUGGCCUAGGCUUGCGCCGAGAUAUACCAGGUCGGAGUCUUUGAGAGAUGUGCUCUUUAGAGCAAGCUGCAAGCAUGUUGAAAAACCUGAUACUUCCGACACCAGCACCGAGGAGAGCCAAGAGGAUGGCUAUGAGGAAGAGGAGGAAGGAGAAGGGGAUCCUUGCAGUCACUGUGAUCCGAGAGGAAUUAUCCGCAGAAAACCGCGGGACAUGCGUGUGCAUUACGGCCUUAUCGCAUCUGGCAACCAGGUAAUCAAAGAUGCGUUGGUCCGGGACGAUAUCAAUAAACGACUUGGAGGCAAGGUACUCUGCUUUGAAACGGAGGCAGCAGGACUGAUGAAUAAUUUCCCAUGCCUUGUCAUCCGAGGUAUCUGUGAUUAUGCAGAUGCACAUAAGAACAAAAACUGGCAAGAACACGCAGCGGCUGUUGCAGCGGCAUUUGCCAAGGAACUCCUCUCGUGGGUACCAACACAGGAGGUGGAUAAGAUGCCCACAAUCAAAAGUCAACUUGAAGGAGUGAUCAAUAUCGUCAACCAACUUCAUUCUCACCAACAAAACCAAGAGCAUCAAACCAUUUCUGAGUGGCUCACACCAAUGAAUUAUGCUCCCCAGCAAAAUGACUUGAUUUCCCAACGACAGGAAUGUACCGGAGAAUGGCUAUUGCAAUCAGAUAAAUUCCAACAGUGGCUCAGAGAACCCAAACAAACUCUAUUCUGCCCAGGCAUACCCGGGGCAGGCAAAACAAUUAUCACAUCUAUUGUUGUCCACGACCUUCACAGGAGAUUUCAAAAUGACCCUUCCGUUGGGAUCGCAUAUCUAUAUUGCAACUUCAAGCAACAACAGGAACAGAAGCCGGCUGAUCUCAUUGCAAGUCUGUUAAAGCAAUUACUUCAGGGACAGCCUUCUGUAGUUGAAGUUGUAAAGGACCUCUAUAAUCGACAUAAACGCGUAAAUACCCGUCCUUCACUGGAUGAGCUCCGGAGUUCACUACAGAAAAUUGCAGCUUCUUAUCAAAGGACAUUUAUUGUCAUCGACGCACUAGAUGAGUGUCGAGCUUCUCCUAAUGGUCGUGAAAUGUUCCUGCAAUGGAUUUUCAACCUCCAGACAAACACCAAUGCGAGUAUUUUCGCCACGUCGCGAUUUAUCCAGGAAAUCGAGGGAAAAUUCGACGGAAGUAUCAGGCUUGAGAUUCGCGCCAAUGCUACAGAUGUACAAAAAUAUCUUGACGAAAGACUGCGGAAUUGCUCGACCUUAAUUUCAGAAGACAAGUCUCUUCAAGAAGAAAUUAAGACCAAGAUCGCUAAAGCUGUUGACGGCAUGUUUCUGCUCGCACGGCUCUACGUUGAUUCCUUGGCCUUUAAAACAAAUAAGAAGGCGAUAAAACAGGCGCUUCAAGAGAUAGAGGCAACGUCCAAUGCACCAAAUGACAGCGAAAAGUUCAUAGCACUAGAUACUGCCUAUAAGCACGCUAUGGAAAGAAUACGAAGUCAACCACCGGAUUACCAAGACCUCGCUAUGAGGGCCCUUCAAUGGAUCGUCUGUGCAAAGAGUCAACUGACAUCUAUGGAACUUCAACAUGCUCUAGCCAUUGAGCCAAAUACAUCUGAGCUUGAUACAGAUAAUAUUGCACCUAUUCAACUUACAGUCUCAGUGUGUGCUGGAUUGAUCAUUGCCGGCGACGAGGGUGGGAUUAUCCAUUUGAUCCACUACACUACCCAGAAAUUCCUUGAGCGCUCUUGGGAGAGCUGGUUUCCAAAUGCUCACACUGAUAUUACAAAAACCUGUGUCACUUACCUAUCAUUUAAAGCGUUUGAAACUGGAUGCUGCCUGACGAAAGAUGCUUUGACUGAGCGAUUACAGUUAUAUCCUUUUUACAGUUAUGCUGCGCGGAACUGGGGCUAUCAUGUCAGGGAAUCUUCAAUUCAAGAGGAGAGCUUAAUUUUGGAUUUUCUUCACAGCUCAGCCAAGGUAUCUGCAUGUUACCAGGUUAUGGUAUACAAUGGAUGCAGUACUGAUGCGUUGAAGAUGGCAGGAAUGCAUCUAGCAGUGUACUUUGAGUUGAAGAAAUGCAUCUCAGCUCUGCUUAAAGGAAAUGCCAAUAUUGAGACUAAAGAUCAAUAUGAGCAGACCCCACUGUUAUUGGCAGCUAUACUAGGUUUUGAGCAGGUAGUCAGGCUACUGCUUGAAAGAAAUGCCAAUAUUGAGGCUAAAAGUGUGAAUGGCAAGACUUCACUCUCAUAUGCAGCUAAGAAGGGCCAUGAGCAGAUAGUGAAGGUACUGCUUGAAAGAAAUGCCAAUAUUGAGAUCAAAGAUGAGAAUGAAUAUACUCCACUCUCAUCAGCAGCUAGACUAGGUUAUAAGCAGAUAGUCAAGUUGCUGCUUGAAAGAAAUGCCAAUAUUGAGGUUAAAGAUAAGAAUGGAUGGACUCCACUCUUAUGGGCAGCUUAUGGUGGCUAUGAGCAGAUAGUGAAGCUGCUGCUUGAAAGAAAUGCCAAUAUUGAUGUUAAAGACAAGAAUGGACAGACUCCAUUCUCAGAGGCAGCUCUACAAGGUUUUGAGCAGAUAGUUGACCUGCUGCUUGAAAGAAAUGCCAAUAUUGAGACUAAAGAUCAAUAUGAACAGACUUCACUCUCACAGGCAGCUAUGCUAGGUAAUAGACAGGUAGUCAAGCUGCUGCUUGAAAGAAAUGCCAAUAUUGAUGUUAAAGAUAAGAAUGGACGGACUCCACUCUCAUGGGCAGCUUACAGUGGCUAUGUGCAGGUAGUGAAGCUGCUGCUUGAAAGAAAUGCCAAUAUUGAUAUUAAAGACAAGAAUGGACAGACUCCACUGUCAUGGGCAGAGAAGGGUCAUGAGCAGAUAGUCAAGCCACUGCUUGAAAGGAAUGCCAAUAUUGAGAUUAAAGAUCAAUAUGCACAGACUUCACUAUCAUGGGCAGCUUACAGUGGCUGUAAGCAGGUAGUGAAGCUGCCGCUUGAAAGAAAUGCCAAUAUUGGGGCUAGAGACAAGCUUAUACUUACUUCACUCCCAUGGGCAGCUGAGAGGGGCCAUGAGCAGGUAGUCAAGCUUCUGCAAAAGGCAACAUAUUCUCAACCGCCUGAUGACUCCAACAUCUCUUCUCUUUAUAUCUAA